AUGGAGGGGAGCAGAUCAGAAACUUGUGCAGCCGAAGCAAGUGAGGAAAUAAUUUAUACUUCUGUCAGAUUCUCUCAGACUCUGCCGCCGAGGUCCAAAACUGGACAGGAGAGGAAAGUUCCCUGUCUGUGGCCAGCAGUUGUGCCGGAGCUGGCUAUAGGCUUUGGGAUUUUGAGCAUCAUCCUAGCAAUUGCUUUGAUUUGGAAGAUUAGUGAAUCCCACCCACACUGCCCUGAGCAGUGGGUAGCCUACAGAGGGAGCUGCUACUCUUUCUCCAAGGAGAAGAAGGACUGGCAUUCCAGCCAGGAAGCUUGCAAGGCACAGAGAGCUCAUCUCCUGGUGAUCAGCGAUACCAGUGAAAUGGACCUGUUCAAGAGUAUUCAAGCAGAGUGUUUCUGGAUUGGACUGAAAAACAGCACAGGCUCUGCCUGGAUUUGGGAAGAUGGCUCUGUAUUCAGUGGCACCAAGGUCCUCUCUAACAGCCCCGUGCAACACUGUGUUGUCCUGAUGAAGUAUCACUUUCAGGCCUCCAGCUGUGAAGUUCCUACUCCAUGGAUCUGUGAGAAAUCUCUUAGAUAA